CAUAAUAAACCUAACCGGAGGUUGUUGGGAGUUUUCUCGUUAACAGUUCUGCGUUUCGUAUUUUAAAUCCCCCCAACAUUGGACAAUUCCCUAUCAGAAGAGAAGAAGACGACAACCUCUCUCUCCCUCCCUCCUCCUGAUUCAUUGCCGCGCGCACUCCCGAGACUGAGCAGAGAAAUUAAAACGCACUUACAGACCACCAUUUAUCAACCUCUCCUUCUCUCCCAUGGAGGGAAUUCUCUCCGGUCGCCUAAGCUUAUCCAUCACUCAUCCAAAAUGGUUCUCCCCAGAAACCGGAAUCUACAGCAGCAGGCACACCCCAAGAUGCCUUCCUCAAGAUGAUUUUCUUGAUUUGGUCUCCUUCCUCUUCUCGAGGCCUCACAGAGGUGAAACAGCCCUCAUCGACUCCGCAUCAGGACUCUCCAUCUCGUACCCUGAACUUCGUUCCAUGGUUGAUAGCAUCGCCUCCGGACUCCAUGACAUUGGAGUCUUCCCUGGACAGGCCGUCCUCAUCCUCCUCCCCAACUCCAUUCUUCUUCCUGUCAUCCUCCUCGGCGUUCUCUCCCUUGGCGCCGUCAUCACAACCAUGAACCCCCUCUGCAGCGCCAAAGAGAUCCAGAAACAAAUGAGCAGCAUCCUCCAUUUAGCCCUAGUAUUCUCUUUAUCGGAGAAAGUUGCCGCUCUGGACCAAUUUGGUGUUCCGAUAGUCGCCGUUCCCAACGACUUGAGCUAUGAUUCGUCUCAUUACUCUGUUUUCCACAAGAUUGUUUCCAGCAGCCCUCGGCUUACUUGGAGGCCAGCUAUCCGGCAGAGCGACACCGCGGCGAUACUCUUUUCCUCCGGAACCUCUGGAUCCAGUAAAGGUGUCGUUCUAACUCACAGUAACUUGAUCGCCAUGGUUGAGCUAUUUGUUCGGUUCGAGGCUUCGCAGUAUAAGAAGGAGAGUUGGAAGGAUGUAUACCUUGCUGCCAUACCAAUGUUUCAUGUGUACGGUCUUUCUCUAUUUUCCAUUGGGUUGCUGUCUCUGGGCUCGACGGUUGUGGUGAUGAAGAGGUUCGAUGCGAAGGAGGCGGCUGAAACUAUAACAAGGUACCGAGUAACCCAUUUUCCGGUUGUUCCGCCAAUAAUGUCUGCUCUUAUAAGGGCCCAAGAUGCCCAUGGCUGUGAUCUGAGAUCCUUGAAGCAGGCCUCUUCUGGUGCAGCUCCUCUGAGCAAGCAACUGAUACAAGAAUUCUUGUGGAGAUUUCCCCAUGUCGAUUUCAUUCAGGUAAUCACAUGAGUUGUUGAA